ACCAUUCCAUUACUUCCGCGGUAGACAGCUUUCAGUUCAUCGCUUUCAGCAGGAUCGUUUCCCUCCGUGGAGAACCACAGCACUCGUUCGCGAUGUUCAAGUUCACCAUACACCUGCUGCUCUGCGUGGCAGUCCUGCCAGCGCAAACACCAGACCUCUUCAAGAACUGCGUGCCGGCCUCGAGCAGCGUAGAAGCGCCGCAAAUAUGCGUCCUGAUACCACAUGAUGAAUUACUCAGAUACGUUACCUACUACUGGUUGCUCGCCGAGUCCGUGCUGCAGAAACCCUCCAACCAGCUGGAGCCAAAGUACCUCAACGCUGUCUACAACUUGACACGUGUCGCAGUCAAGGAUCGAGAUGUGAAAGAAAAAGCCACUUUUCGCUUGGAGUUUACAACUAGCCGGAGUAACUGCCUUCAUCCACGUCAAUACAGCGCUGUCACUUGCCUGCCAAUUGACGACAAGGUGAACGGUUUAUGCCAGGCAGCGCUUCACUACCGUAACGGCAUGUUUGACAUCGAGCAAUCCUGGUGCAAGCGCAUGGGUUAAGUACGCUACCUGGCGCGCGAAACCCGAAUCCCUAUCUGUGACCCCCUGAAGCGCGCUAGCGCCAGGCGAGAGAGACAUAGACAUGGGAAUGCAAUAAAGUGUCAAACACGUA